CCCGGCGGCCUUUGCGCGAGCAAGAUGGUGGCCCCCGUGCGGCGGGGCUUGGCCUGCUUGUCCAGGGCUCUGGGCUGUUGGUCGCGGCAGCCAGCCCUGGGGACUCAGCCCGUAACUGUAGUUCCAGUGAGAACGAAAAAGCGUUUUACACCUCCCAUUUAUAAACCUAACUACAAAUCACAGAAAGAGUUUUUGGAACAUGCCCGGAAAGCAGGAUUGGUCAUUCCUCCGGAACGAUUGGAGCGACCCAUAACCGUGGCCUGUACAGGUGGUAUUUUUGAUGCCUAUGUUCCUCCUGAGGGUGAUUUACGCAUGUCCUCGUUUUCAAAGGAAGGACUGAAACAGAAAGCUGAACAAUUGAAGAAGAAUGUGGCAUCGCAGUUGUCAAUCCGGAAAAUUAGGGAACAUGAUGGGAAUUUUGUAAUAAAGGACUUCCCUGAAAAAGCUCAGCACAUCUUCACUGAGGCUCAUCUUUGCCUAAACAAUUCAGACCAUGAUCGACUCCAUACCUUGGUCACUGAACACUGUUUUCCGGAUAUGGUCUGUGACCUCCAAUACAAGACCGUGCGCUGGAGCUUCGUGGAGUCUUUAAACCCACCCCGGGUGGUUCAAGUGCGCUGUUCAAGCAUGGUGAACCAAACCAAUAUGUAUGGCCAGAUCACUGUGCGCCUGCACACCCGGCAGACUCUGGCCAUCUAUGACAGGUUUGGGCGACUGAUGUAUGGACAGGAAGAUGUGCCCAAGGACGUCCUCGAGUAUGUUGUGUUUGAGAAGCACCUGAUGAACCCCUACGGGAACUGGAGAAUGCAUGCCAAGAUUGUUCCCCCGUGGGCACCCCCUAAGCAGCCCAUCCUUAAGACGGUGAUGAUCCCUGCAAAGGAAGAGCCACAAGUGGAGGUCCAUAAACCUCAGCCAGCCUGAUGGCAACAAGGAUCCUGGAAUGCAGCGUGGGGGAGGGGGGGGGCCCAGGAUGGCUUGGAAGCUGUCUUCUUGGGGCUGUGACGUCAUCAGCCUUUGCCAUGCAAUAGAAAGAACUGCCUUUAUUCUGCCCUGUCCGGCUUGGGUUUGUUUUUGUUUUUCAAUCAUUUUAUUGGGGCAGCUUGGUUUUGUUUUUUGGGCCAUGUUAUCCUCUACCACCAUGGUCCAUGGCUGGGCUCACGUGGCCUGGUCGGCGCAGCCAUGGACCUCCAGCUCUCAUCGUCGUCUGCUUGUGUGCCUGACUGCCAAGUCCAGACACAAAUGGUUUGUUCUGGGGAACAUCUGAACCUGAGCAAGCAUCUGAGACUGUCUAGAAUGAAGUGGGAGGGUGCCUUUUCUGUAUUCCCGGGGCAGGGGUCAUGGUGUGGAAUACAGCAGCCAGGGUGUUGACAAUGCUGUGGUGGGUUCUGUGCAUUCGCCCUGAUUCAGGCUGGAGGCCGACCUACCCACAGACCAGACGGCAUAGCUGUGAGCGCUGUGACUGCUUAGAAGUCUCAAUCCGUGCUCAUACGGUUAGGUCACUGAGAGUCUGUUUCAGACCCUCUCACUGAGUCAGGAUGUGUAUCUCACAGACGAAUAUACGUCCAAAGAAAGCAUUUCACCUCUAGCCUUUGGGUUGUAUCCUCCACUAUCCUCUGCAUCCUGACCUGAUGCCAAGAAGCCUGGGGGUUUGGGAAGGGUGGGAGCCCACCUGUAAGCCUCACUUCUAUGUUGGCUGACAUCUGGACCUGCUGUCUGUCCUGCACUGGGCAGGCAGGUGAGCAGAGCAGCAGAGCAGGCACUUGUGGGGAGCCGCCCGCCCGGUCCCCCUUGGAUCCUUCGCUCCAGCUGGACCAGGAGGAGGAUGCGGAGCCCCGGAUGGCUGGCGCUGUGAGGGGCUGGUCACUGGGUGCCAGCCUCGGCUGACUGGGAGUGCUGUGCUUUCAUCACAUGUGGGCGCCUCUACAUUUCUAUACUUUGGUGUUCAGAACUUGACUUUUUUUUUCAAAAUCUAAAAGAAAAAAAUAAUAAAAUUUUAAAAAAGAAAGAAAAG